AUGUUGGGGAUGUUACAAAUUUAUAGAGAUUGUUGUGGCUUGAUUGAAAGAGUCAGAAAUCGUGUAUCUGAUUGGAAAAAUAAAUUUUUGUCCUUUGCGGGAAGGCUUCAACUUGUUCAAUCUGUCUUGUCAUCUAUGCAUGUGUACUGGGCUACAAUGUCUAUGUUACCUGACGGGGUGAUUAAGGAAAUCGAACAGGUUUUAAGGAACUUUCUCUGGUCUCAAGGAUCUUUGCAGAAAGGAAAAUCUAAGGUUGCUUGGGAUGUUGUGUGCUUAUCGAAAAAUGAAGGAGGAUUGGGCAUUCGUAGUUUGCAUGAUUUUAAUAUUGCUCUUCUCUCGGUAGGUAAUGGACGUUCAACUUCUGCUUGGUAUGAUAAUUGGUGCGACUUUAGUCCGCUAAUUACGUCUCUUUCGCCCGGGAUGAUUACAAAUGCUGGUUUUACUUUAAAUGCUUGUGUUGGGAACAUUGUUUCUAAUGAAGCAUGGAGUUGGCCGAAUGAAUGGAGUAAUCAAUUUCCGAAUUUAGCUGCUCCUUCCUUGGUUAAUAAUGUGGCUAAUAAAUGGGUUUGGAGUGAUGUGUGUGGAUUUACGGGUAACCAACCAGUCCAUAUUGAUUGGGAGUCAAUACUUGCAGCUAUCAUUCCGGAAUCAAAGAAAAAGACUAUUGAUAUUAUUGUUAUGAAGCUCAUAUUAGCGGCCACUUCUUAUUUUAUUUGGCAGGAAAGAAAUGCAAGAUUGUUCAGACAGGAGGAAAGACCGGUUCACAAACUCACUGAAAUCAUAAUUGCUACUGUUCAUAUGAAGCUUAUAUCGAUGAAGUUUAAGAAUAACAGCAAAGUUUUGAAGCACUUGGAAACAUGGAAAAUACCCUUAGGGAUGUUGAAUUUAGCAUAA